CAAUAAUACGUUUCAGUGAUCACAAUUUUUUUGCUGUAUUUACGAUAGGGAGUAGGAUAAGCUCGCAUUUCUUUGUCUGAAAAUUUUAUGGAGAUUUUGUGUUAAACAAGCCCGUGUGUUGGUGUUCUUGAUGGUGUCCGGUGACGAUUCAAAUGGUGGCCGUUUGUCGCGUAAAACUACGAGGUCCCCGAACCGUAAGUCGAAGAAGACAGAUGCAGACCUAGCCAAGGGGUCAGCGUUGCGACAUGAUUCGCAACCUUCAGUCCAUAAAAGGAAUCUUUACGUCGUUUCUUUCCCAAUUAUUAUUUUAUUUAACGUGCUAAGAUCAAUUUUGUAUCAACUUUUUAUAAUUUUUAAAUAUUUGUAUACGGCGUCUCAUCGGUUUAUGCACAAGCCUCGUAAGGCAGGCGAGUGUAACUUGGAAGUGGUAGUGAAGGACGGUAUAGUGUCUACAGAGCUAGCCCCCAGUGAAGAAAUGUCUCACAUACACAAUGUGGGUCCCGGAGACCCAUUGCUGGCCAAACAGAAACACCAUCACCGGAAGGCUUUUGAGUAUAUCUCCAAAGCUUUAAAAAUUGAUGAAGAAAAUGAGGGCCAAAAAGAAUUAGCAAUAGAGCUUUAUAAAAAAGGCAUUUAUGAGUUGGAACGAGGGAUCGCCGUAGACUGCUGGGGCGGCCGCGGCGACGCCUGGCAGAGGGCACAACGACUCCACGACAAAAUGAAAACUAAUUUAGGCAUGGCCAAGGACCGACUGCACUUCCUUGCCAACCUAGUCGCCCUCAGUAAGUUGGGCGUAGAGAGUGAGCCCGAACGGAGUGACAAAAAGCCGACGGAGUCGCCCCUAAAGGCGCGACGGCUUGAGAAGUCGAAGACAACGUUACUCGCGCAUACAGAAAGUAACAGUGGUCAAACGAAGCCUCCGAACGAAGUCGCAGGUCGAAAGCUCACGACGGCUGGUCGUCGUGUGCCAAGUGGGGGAGGUGGGGGUCCUUUAAUGAAGUCACAGACCCUCCCCCGUUCCAUGGGCAGGUCAUCAUCACAGCCCAACAGCUCUAAUGGAAGUUACAGCAGAUAUCCAGUGAAACCAGCUUCCACACCGCCCGCUGUCAAACGACAGCUUUCUGGCGCAUACCAGGUACCUUCGAACGGGUCUCCAGUACGCCGCGUGGUGGGAGGCGGGUCGCAGCGCGGGACCCCCACACGGAGCAGAACACCCCAACCGACACUCAGCGUUAGAGGAGUUGACCCCAAACUCGUUCAGCUGAUCCUGGACGAGAUUGUUGAAGGGGGUCCCAAAGUACACUGGGAGGAUAUCGCAGGACAAGAUGCCGCUAAGCAAGCAUUACAAGAAAUGGUAGUGCUGCCUUCAUUGAGGCCGGAGCUCUUCACUGGACUCAGGUCCCCUGCGAGAGGACUCUUGCUGUUCGGACCACCAGGAAACGGUAAAACGCUGCUAGCGCGGUGCGUAGCGGCAGAAUGCUCGGCGACGUUCUUCUCGAUAUCCGCGGCGACGUUGACCAGCAAAUACGUCGGCGAGGGGGAGAAGAUGGUGCGAGCGCUCUUCCAGGUCGCCAGGGAACUGCAGCCGUCGAUAAUCUUCGUAGAUGAAGUGGAUUCGCUUCUAUGCGAGAGAUCGUCGGGCGAGCACGAAGCGUCCCGGCGACUGAAAACUGAAUUCCUGGUGGAAUUCGACGGACUCCCGGCCGCGGGAGCUGACAGGCUCAUUGUGAUGGCCGCCACUAAUCGACCGCAGGAACUUGAUGAGGCGGCGUUAAGACGGUUUCCAAAACGCGUAUACGUGUGUUUACCGGACGUGCGCACCCGUAUGUCGUUGAUCCGGCGCGUGCUGGCGCGGGGCGCGGCCGCCGCCUCCGUCAGUGACGAGGAACUGGCGCGCCUCGCCGCCCUCACUGACGGGUACUCCGGCAGUGACCUCACGGCACUCUGCCGGGACGCCGCGCUAGGACCCAUUAGAGAACUGGACCCUGAAGAGGUGAAGUGUCUGGACCUCUCGCUGGUCCGCAGCAUCACGUUCCAGGACUUCAUGGACGCGCUGAAGAGAAUCAGACCGUCAGUGUCACCACACAGCCUAGUCGCGUACGAGAAGUGGUCGGUCCAGUACGGGGACCUCGGAAUGUGAAGUGGUUCUAAUACAGGUAUCAGGUAUUUACUCGAAGUAAUGGUGAGUCAUUAAAUUAAGGAACAUAGACAAUAGAGUACGAUGUUGAUUUACAAUAAUUGAUAAUAUUUAUCAUGCAAGUAUUCAUCGCUCAAAUUUUUAUACAUAAUACGUUUAAUUUUUUAACCUGCCUCGGUACAUUCGUUUAACACUCCACUAUUAUAUUGGAUCUCCUCAACCCCACAUUCCCAGGGUGUAACCGAGGCAAAAUGCCAAUUAAUUUACUCUAAAUUGACGUUUUAAUAAAUACAAUUCUUUUUUUUUCUUAUUUGUGAAAUGAAGUCGCAUCUAGUCAAAAUUUUGUUGACUGUUCUCGCAUGAUGUACAUACCAUAGACACUCAAAAAACAACCCUAAAUGGUCCAAUCUUUUUUUUUAAUGAAGUUGAUAAUUCGCUAAAGAGAUUUGACAGUUUGGGGUGGUUGUGUCUGUACAGUUCCAAUACUAGUGAUGCCCAGUCGAUAGUCCAUUCGUAUCGAUGUUUGCCCUAAUCGAUUUUACACGUAACAUAAAACUUGCCAUGCAAAGACAAUGUUGAUGCUUUUAAUACUGAGUAGUUUGUACUAGAAAUAAUAAUUUUUAAUUUAGUCUCUACAUAAUACAAUUAUCAACAUUUUAUUCUAUUGAGACAACUUAUUAGAUAUUAUUUAAAAGAGACUAUAUUAAAAAUAAUUAUGAAAACAAAAUGUCCAAAAUCCACUAAAAUAGUCCUUAACGGGUGAUGCCAAAUGAUAUAACCCGGAUCAUUAAAGAAGUAGCUUUCCAUGUAUCUAGAUGUAAAGAGACCGCUUUUGCUCCAAAGACUUCUCUAUUGAGUCGGGUUAUAUAAGCCCUCCUAGUACCCGUCCAGUCAAAAGGAACGUUGUAAAAUAGUCUCUAUGUCGAGCUGUGAGAGUAGAUUUUUUAAUGCCCUGCUUCCUUUUGGCUUGCUCGGAUUUCUUUUUAACUUAUGUAGGACCAAAUUACGUGGAAACUUGCCAUUGUCAAUUUGAUGGGAAUUUUUAUUUACUUAUGUCACUUGGGUGUACAAAUUAUCUUUUUGUUUUUAAAAUAAUAAGUACUCCACUAUGCACUUAAUCUCCUGGUACAUCAUAUUUAAAAAAUAUUUAAAAGUGAACUCUAUUGUUCAAAUAAUAACGAACAUAAUAUGAAAUCCAAGUUAUUCCUUAAUAGAUUUGUUACCAAUAUAUAGAAUAAAAUAUAUAAUCUCAAUAUUAUACAGCUGAACAAAAUAAUGAAAUAAUGUACAAAAUGCGUUUACCUUUAGUAUUACCUCAUAAUUUUGUAUAUUUGAAUUAAUUGCAAUUUAAUAGUAUUCUAGAGUAAUAAAAUUAUUAUAUUUUAAUUGUGUUUUUAGUAAAUUAUCGACAACCUUUUAGAUGUAGUGUGUAACAAGUUUCCACUCUCCACUAUAUUGAGUAGACUUUAUAUCAAUGAAUAUUCAGCUCUAUUUUAAUACAAUUAGAAGGCAUAUUUGGACAGCAAGAAUAUACAAACUUUAAGUAGGAUUUUUACGAACAAAUAAUUUAUGGAGUCAAACAUGCCAUGCUUUAAAGUUUGUAUAGACGUAUAAUAUCACAUUUCUACGUAUAUAUAUUGAUUUUAUUAACAUUAUAUACGUAUAUAGAAUUAAAAGGAAUGUAAUCUCACUUAUGUACAGUCAACGACAAAUAGUUUUUAAUAUUUUAGAACAAUCUCAACACAAGUCACCUCAUAAGGUAUACGUAUAUGUCUCACAGCCGAAAUUAACUAGCAACAUGACCGAUGAAAAUCUCUUAUCGAUAUAUUUUGACAGAAACUCAAUAAAAUCAGAUCGACUUUUACUUACAGAUGGCGAUUUUACGGAUAAAUACUCCUAAUUAAUAAAUACUGAGUAUUUAUCCGUUUUUAGUCGAGUAUUUUUGCAGCAACUUGAUAAAUACCCAGUAUUUAAUCAGUAUUUAUAUAUUUUAAGUAUUUGUCAGAAAAAUCGCCCAUCUCUAGUUAUACUGGGUCUCAGAAACCGAUAUUUGGAUUAUAAUCGGUUGUUAAUUUCGUCCGUCAGAUAACUUCAUACCCCAAAAAAUAAUAUAAGUAAUAAUAAUGUAAUGUAUCUGUAAUUUGUUUACAAAGGUUGUCGAUAAGAAUAUUAAGUGUAGUCUAGUAAUAGCACUGCCCAAUUGUUAAAAGUCCUUAAUUUUCAAAGAAAUCAAUUAUUGUUUUAUUGUAUUUUUUCAUAUAUUUAUUGCUUGAUCAGUUUUGCUAUGUAAAAUUAUACAUGUGUUUGGGACUCAAGUCUGCUGUCUUUAUACGUUAGACAGUUUUGAACUAGAAAUAUGUUGUGAUGACCAGAAUGAGAGCUUUCAUUACUGAGCCCACGACAUGGCGCUAGUGAUCACUAAGGCCAUUUUAGUCCAAUCAGCGUAGCUGUCACAAGUUACUGACAAAUGACUUGAUAUGAGCAAAUAUUUUAUUGGACAAUAGACCUUAAGCUACACUAGCGCAUCUUGUGGCACGGAAAUCUUGAUUGGUUGAAUUCGUGUUUAUUGAAAAUUAAUACCUAACACAAUUAGUAGCAGACGUGAGUCAAUGGACAAAACUAAAGAUAGUUAAUUGAGAUUUCAUAAAUUACGUCGCAAAACUGAUCAAGCAACACAAAUCUCAUUUUAAAAUUGUUAUCGAAUGUACUUAAUUAAAUUUAAUUCUGUUGAUUUUAUUAUUUUUUAUUAUUAUUCUAUUAUUCUCGAAAUAAAAUAAAAUUCAGUGAUUGCGAAAUUAUUAUUAUGAAACGCUGUAUCUAUACAAUAUGCUGCAGAUCUUAUGAAUAUAAUUAUUAAAUUUAUAAUCGACAUUAAAACGGGUAGCCUACACUUCCAUUUAGCAAAAGAAUUAGAAUCAUUUGCUCAAAAUAUUGUGUAAUGUAACGGAAACGAUGAUUUUGAGUACUAAAAUGAUAUAUUUUCAUAAAAUAGUUUGUUAAAUUGUCUAUAUCUUGGAUUGAAAGUUGUUUAAUGGGAAUUAAAAUUAUCAGUCACAGGACCAUGCAAAUUGUAUGUAAUUUGUAGUUACGUAGUGCCAUUUAGAGAUGCGCAGGAGUCGCUGAGAGCCAUCGGGACUUGUAUUGAAAUAUGUAUGAGUAUUCACACUUUUGUAUGUUUACGUGUGUGAUUGGAUAGAAUGAGAUAAAGGAUUCUCAAACAGUAUCGAUUCUCCAAUUCGAUUUUUUUUAUUAUUCGAGAUGCCAAGCUUUGAAUGUUGCCAGUGAUUUUUGAGUGUUAAUCAAGUUAGUUGUAAAAUCGUCAAACCAGUAUCCCAGUUUCAAAAGUAUUACUAAAAGGACCAAUAAAUUCAGAACUCUAUUUGUUAUUGAACAGAGUCUGGAUUUGUAGCAAGAAUAUUGAAAUGACAUUUAAAGUGACAUGGCGGCAUAGUGACAGCUGUUUGAGAAUUCGUCUGUUUUAUCUGUGGUUCAUGUCCCAAUGGUUCUGCUUCGCCAGAUAAAUGUCAAAACUUGUAGUUUACGUUAUAUUUGUACUAUACGCUUUAGUAUUUAAAUAACGAGUAUCUUCCAAGACUUCAAUAAUGAGGUUUUACUGGCCAAGUGUACGUUUGGGAGUUACGGUAAAAAAAAAUACAGAUUAUAAUAAUUUUCAUUUAUAAAACUUUUAUAUUGAAAAUGAAUUCAUUGAUUGAAAGAGACAAGGAGAGGAACUGAUUAUUACUGGAUAGGUUAACAUGAAGUAAAUGAAGUGUCUAUAGCUACAAUUCUUUUUAAGGGGGGAAAAUCAUGGAAUUACUUCUCCCGCCUGAGUUAGGCGGGAGGGAGCGUCAUACUCUU